GAAGAAGUCGGGUCCCACCCACUGUCCGUCCAGCCUCCGCGGCUUGACUGUCGAACCAGCUCCGGCAGCGGCGAGGAGAAGGGAGGCCCGGCGUUAGGCCUUGCUACUGCACCAUCUCGGUGGCGGAGGCGAGAUGUCGGACCUCGGGGACUGGUUCCGGAGCAUCCCGCUGAUUACGCGCUACUGGUUUGCGGGCUCGAUCGCGGUCCCCCUCCUCGGCAAGUUAGGCCUGAUCAGCCCCGUCUAUUUCUUCCUGUGGCCGGACGCCUUCAUCAACCGCUUCCAGAUCUGGAGGCCAAUAACAGCAACGUUCUAUUUCCCUGUUGGCCAAGGAACGGGGUUUCUUUACCUGGUGAACUUAUAUUUUUUGUAUCAGUAUUCAUCACGACUAGAAACAGGUGCUUUCGAUGGAAGGCCAGCCGACUACAUGUUUAUGCUUCUCUUUAACUGGAUCUGCAUAGUUAUCACUGGCUUGGCAAUGAAUAUGCAGUUGCUGAUGAUCCCCCUGAUCAUGUCAGUGCUCUAUGUCUGGGCCCAGCUGAACAGAGACAUGAUUGUGUCAUUUUGGUUUGGGACACGGUUUAAGGCAUGCUAUCUACCGUGGGUUAUCCUAGGAUUCAACUAUAUCAUUGGAGGCUCUAUCAUCAAUGAGCUGAUUGGCAACCUGGUGGGUCAUCUCUACUUUUUCUUAAUGUUCAAAUAUCCAAUGGACUUGGGAGGAAGGAAUUUCCUGUCGACACCUCAGUUCCUGUACAACUGGCUGCCCAAUAGGAGAGGAGGGGUGUCUGGUUUUGGCGUGCCACCUGCCAGCAUGCGCCGGCCCGCAGACAAUCGCCAGGGCGACGGAAGACACAACUGGGGCCAGGGCUUUCGGCUGGGCGAGCAAUGAAAAGGACUUCCUGCUUCUUCUUUUUUUCCUUUUGUGUGUGCGCGUGAGGAACAUCUUUGACCAUACGUGGGAUAAUUGCUACUGUGGCACGUACUCAAGGACCAGGUUUGCUCUAGUGCUGUUGGGAAUGUGGCCCAUUAAAGCAUUCUUGUUUGUUCCUGGUGGAAGGUGACACACAGCUGGAUGGCACAAGAUAGGUUCCCCCCCCAUACCAGGCUCUUGAAAAGUGCUCAACUCAGUGCUGCCAUUAAAAAAACAAAAGGAAAACACAUUUUGAUCAUUGUCUAGCACACUGUACUUUCUCUUAUCAACCUCUCCUCAGGUGGAAUAAUGCUGUACCGUCUGUCUUGUAAAUCUCCCUUCAUGUACGAGGCCUACCAUGUCCUCUUAGGAAUCUACUUCUUUGGUCCAAGACUGCUCCUUACAGUGUAAUUAAUAGAAGAGUUACUUUAAAGUUCACUCUGAUGUUAACAAAAGAACUUCAGGUACCUGUAACUUCAUUAGCCUUUACUUAGCAGGAACCGACUGUUAAAAAUUCCCCUUUUGGCGGGUGGGGUGGGUAGAAAGUACUAGUUAACCGAUUCAGUUUUGUUUCCGUUGGGAGAGAUACUAGCUUGAGCACCAAAGCAGGAGGGAAAGGAGUGAGUGAUGAACGAUAGCUUUCAUCUCUAAAACUUGCUGUGGUCUACUAAAGGCCACCAUAUCUUCAGCCGAGUAAAUCUGAUGCACUUCUAUGCCACCGUACUGUGCACAUUCACUUGGGAGUAAGUCAUAGAAUCAUAGAAUAGUAGAGUUGGAAGGGGCCUAUAAGGCCAUCGAAUCCAACCCCCUGCUCAGUGCAGGAAUCCUAUUGAACUUGAUGAGACUACCUUCUGAGUAAAUAAUAUCCAUACGAUUGAAAUGGCAUCUGUAACAUAGUGACUCCUGGGUUUGUAUCUUGCCUGUGAAAUUGAACAGGGGAAUGCAUUUCUUGGGCUGCAGACGAUAAGUUGGGGAGUUCAACACAGAGUACUUGUUUUCUUAAAAAUAAGGAAUAGCUGGAGCCUGAUUGGUGGGUUUAAUAAAGCAGAUGGCACCUUCUCCUCCUCCUCCCUGGAUUUCUCAUUCUGGAAUAACACUUGGGCACCUAAACGGUAAUAACCUUUGUUGGACGUUAAUUAUUAUAAGAAGCAAGUGUGAUAUCGUAACACAUGUGGAGAUGUUGACAGAUGUUAUAUGGAGCAAUGUUGGAGAAUAAAUAAAAUAAAAAUCUCUUGCCAGGACACCCUGAUGAUGGUGGGAGGCAGUUGACCUAACCUGGUUCUCUCAAGCUGUUGGUCUCUUCCCUCCUUCCCCAGAAUUCCCUGUGUUUCUUUGGCUCAGCUUUCCCCAACUCGGUGCUUUUCAGAUGUUUUAGAUUACAACUCCAAACAUCUCUUGACUAGUGGCCAUGCUGGCAGGGGCAGAUGGUAUUUGAAGUCCAGAAGUUCUCGAGAGCCCCCGGUUGGGGAAGGCUGCUUCGUCUUAUACUAAUGUGGCAAACCCAAGAGUCAUCACAGCAAUCCUGGUCUCAUCCCCCCCCCCCCACCAAAAAGAUCACAUCAGCAAGUAUCUCUACUGUGUCUGUAAAUGGAGCUGCAAACAACUGUUCAUCCAGCUGUACUAGUAGAAACGAUUCCUGCAGUACUGCAAGACGGGAAGCGCUGUACAAAUGACUACAGAUGCUUUUGGUUUCACUACUGGUGGUGCGACUUCCUUGCCCGUCCUCUGUAGGCUCUUCGAAACAUGUGGUUGCUAGUUGUGCUGAGCUGGGAGGAGGGAAGUGCUCCCUGGAUUUCACGUUGUCUGUGACUUGUUCUAUAGUGUGUGAACACAAAUCCCAAUGUGGUGGUCUUUGUUGAGGAAAGCUGAAACCUUGAGAUUAUGUGUCUUAAUAGUGCAGGAAGGUGUAGAUCAAGAAAUCAUUUAGCACUUUCCCCAUGGUAAUAAACCUUGUCAUGGCUCUUGCCUUGGUUUUUAUUUAUAUUUUUUAAUAAAAUGAUCCAAGUCUCAGCAUAUACUUCUUGCCUUUCGUCCUGGUUUGUAGAAUGUGGGAAAUCAAAUUCCUAUCGGACAGCCUUCCUGAAACUGGUUCCCUCCAGGUUUGUUGUACUAUAAUUCCCAUCAUGCCCAGCUGGGAAUAGUGAAAGUUGUAGUUCAGCACUCCAGGAGGAUGCCAAUUUGAGGAAGGUUGCUAUAGUGCUUUGUCACUGGAUAAUGUCUCUGGAUUAAUAUGAUCAAAAUAGAGCUUGGGGGACAGAACAGAGCAUGUACCUAGAGCCUUGUUUGCUUUUUUCUUCGCAGGUGUUUUCCACUGCACAAGAGACAAGCAGCUUCUUAAAAUUGAACUCCAGCUUGAUUCUUUGCAGCAGGAACUACACUAUCAAAGCCAGAAACCUAUGUUUUGGCUUUAUGCCAAUGGGUAAACGGUCUUCCUUUGGAUCUUAGCCUAAGCAAUGCAUUUUAUUAUUUUAUUUAUUGCAUUUAUAUCCUGCCUUUUUUCCUCCAAGGAACCCAAGGCAGCGUACAUAAUCCCCCUCCUCUCUAUGUUAUCCUCACAACAACAACCCUGUGAGGUAGGUUGGGCUGAGAGUCUGUGACUGGCCCAAAGUCAUCCAGUAGGUUUCCAUGACUGAAUGGGGACUAGAACCCGGAUCUCUCGACUCUCAGUCCAACACUUUAGCCACUACACCACACUGAAUGUUACUUUGCCCAAACCCCCUGGUUCUUGAUUUUAAAAAGGGCAUCUUACUGUGAAACAAAGAGCCACCCUUUUAAGAUCCGGAUUCUCCCUCCUAUGCAUUUUGGGAGAAAUUAAUCACUGCAUUCUGUGAGGUAUUAUUGGUUGGUCUUAGUUUCUCAUGAAGCCUAUAUCUCCACAACUUUUAAGAGCUGAUCCAUAUAUCCAGUAAAGGCAUGUGGGUAUAUACUUCCAGGGACUGUACUAUUUCAGAAUCUAGGUAGGGUGUUAUAGGUUUGAAUAUGCCCCAUUUUUUAAAAAAAAGGGUAGGGGGAAGCCAUUCCUCCUUGGCAUGCUAGCUUUCCACUGGCAGGAAAGCUUUGUACUUGGGAAAGGCUGGGGAAAAUAUUCCAAUUGUGCAAUUGCACACCUCUGUACAAGCAGUGGUACUGUUGAAAUUUAAGGGAUCCCAUACACUGUUCUGGCAGAUCCAGUUCCUGGAGCGUGAAUAGCAGGGGUCCUGUCCCAGAUAGGUGGGCCUGCCAAUCUCGCAUACCUGAUAAGGACCACUGUGUGGCUAUUAAGCCUGUAUGAGCUGCUUCUAGCUUGGAGCAUGGUGAUGAGAAGGCAACGAAAUCUCCCUUAACAACAGUUCUGAUUGCUUAAGAGCUUAGCGGUUAAAGAAGAAAUCUGGCUUGACUUUUUAGCAAUGAAAACUGCUGGAUGUUAUUGUGCUCUUUGUUGCUGCUAUGUAAACACCUAACACAUCUGAAAAGAGCAAAGGAAUCCAUCCUCCCAAGUAUAAAAUGCAUUGGGAAGGAAAUUUUAAUUUUUGUGAACCGCUCAGAAAGCUUCGGCUAUUGGGCGGUAUAGAAAUGUAAUAAAUAAAUAAAUGGGAGUGCUUGCAAGAGGAAACUGAUUGCUCCUGCACAUUUUUAUCUGCAUCAGUCUUAAAAGCAGAUUCGCGUGCUGAGGAAGGCAUAUGGUACAGUCUUGGUGAGAUUGUACCAUGGUGCAUGUGGGAUACGGCUUUUUAGGACACACUUCAGCAAGUGACUCAGUUGUAUGGAGGACUGUUCUUUGUGUCACUCUCAAAGCUAGAUUUGGCUCUAUGUAUCCGUCCCCAUCAGAAUCUUUGCACACAGAAACAUACAUGUUGUGGAGGAGGCUUUUUGUUUACCUUCUCCUUAAUGUGCUAAUUUCUGCAUGCAGAAUUGGCGCAUUCAAACAUGUGAUUUGCACCAGUCCGAUGCUGCUGCCUUGUGCCUUUUCUGGAUGUAAACUCACUUCCGCUUCUGAAUGCUUAGCAUUGCUUGGCUUUGUUCACCCAAAGCAUCCCCACCCAACCCCUGCUAGAUUCUCCAACUGACACUGAAAAAUGGCAGAUUUCAUUUUGAAAUAGGUACUUCUGUUCUUUUGUAGAGAGAAAGUCUCUUUUUGUAAACAAUUUCUUCCUUUUUGGGGGCAAAGUUUUAAAUUAAAGUUGUAAAACCUCUAAA